CUUGAGAGGCUUUGCUUUGAGCAAUAGGCUGUAUCUAGAAGUGUUUAGGAGGUAAACAUGCAUUAUUAUAUUCAGUUUAUUGGUAUAAAGCCAUUUUUGGUGGACGUAUGGCAAUUUUGUUCCAUCAUGACAUUUGAAAGCAUAACAAUUUUGGUGUAAAACGUCCACCGUGGUGCACUGGCUCAUGUUCUGAGAGAUCUGGUGCUUUCAGAAAUAAUCGAAUAAGCACUUCUCUUGAACGAGUUACAUCGCGGCAUUGUUUCGAACAUAAUUUGUGUACACCAUAUGUAAUAUUGCUUGAAUUGGUCUAAACAUCGGCGAAGAGUCAUUGACAAAACGUUCAACUUGAUUAAGGUGGAGAUUACGGUAGCUGCGGUGAAAUUUAGUUUCAUAUUUAAUUUCAUGACCCGUCAUAAGGUUUACUCCGUAAGCACUUUAUUGUAAAAGUUAAGAAGUGAGAAAUGCAACGGACAGUCAUACUGGUUUAUUUGGCUCAAAGGUUAAUUCUAGCUCUUUCACCUAUUAAUAAAGUAUUAAUUUUAGCGAAUAUAGUCAACUUUCUGGUCUUCAUUUGAACCGAUUACUGUGCAUUGGAGGAAUUUCAUUGAGAACGAUCUUUUCUCGCCGUGCUUUAGCUGUGCAAAUGGGCUCCAAGGACCAACGGCUCAGUCGUGUAGACAUUUUCCACCAGGGGUAUGCGGGGCCGCUGGAGGCCCUUCCCCGGGCAACCACGUUCCUAGAGGAGCAGGACGGGAGCCUGGUGGCCCUGCGGAGGCAGGCGAUAAAGAUGGCGACCAAAUCCCACGCAGGUGGUGAGAUGCCCCUUGAGCAACUGCUGGCACUUUAUGGGUACAACAUGCACGAUCCUGUCCUGCAACGACAACAGGAGCCGAAUGAGCUGGCAGCCAGUCUGCCUGAAAUGACACUGGACAAGGUUCAGAUAGGUAAAGCUCUACUCUCAGGAGCGGAGGAUGUGGACAGCCAUUCCUCUGCCGAUGACCUCACACUCUCCGUCACGUCCCAUUCAUCUGACCUCUUACAAUGUCACCUAAGAGGUGAUGACAAAGACACUUCAGUCAGCUGCUCCGAAGAUGACUCCGAAAGCACCUCUAUCCCCUCCAGUGAUGGCUGCAAGGACAUAAUGGUCGGCCCCCAGUAUCAAGCUAUGAUUCCUUCUCUCUGUACACACACUUUUAAUGAAAGAGCCUAUGAAAAAGAGGACCAGUUAUUGUGGACCCCGGAUGUGCUGUCCGGUCCGGCUGUAGAGAAGUUUUUGCUUGAAGUCCAGAGAAAAGGGAGUGACGAUGGACCUACAAACACUUUGACCACAGGAGACGCAGUCAAAGACAAUGAGCAGGCUUUACAUGAACUAGUGAAAUGCAACUUCAAUGCAGACGAGGCACUAAGAAGAUAUCGCUUUAAUGUCAAGGUUUUCAGUGAGCUUUGUGGCUGGAGUGAGGAGGAGUGUCGUAACUUUGAGUAUGGUUACCGUGCCCAUGGGAAGAACUUCAACCUCAUACAGGCCAACAAGGUCCGCACACGCUCGGUAGGUGAGUGUGUAGAGUACUACUACAUGUGGAAGAAAUCGGAGCGGCACGAGUAUUUCACACAGCAGGCCACCAAGCUGGGUCGGAAAAAGUGCAAUCUGCCAUCCGGCAACACAGAGGAUGCUGAGCCAGAUGGAGAUACUGGUGACGUGGAAGGUGCCGCUCAAGGUUUGCCAAGUAGGUCUUCCAUUCAACUCCAACCCCCAUCGCCACCUGCAGCCGGGGAGCUAGAUAAACCAGAGGACAGCCUGAAUUGCGCAGCUCAGUUUCAUGGUCGUCCGCGACGGAAACGCACGCCGCGCUUCCUAUUAAAGCCCUGAGCUUCCUGCUCACUGACAGCCUAAAACUGACAGACAAACAGGUUCUGGGCGAAACAAUGAAGAGAUGGAACUGUGUGCAGGAUCUUGCUCUAUCCCACAGGGGCAGCAGUCGUUCAGCCAAUUUUCUCUUCUCCCUCCAGCGCUCCAGACAUCAGACGCGGCUUCCCCGUCCACCCAGCUUUACUUCUCCUCUCUCCCUUGUAGCCACUCCGUCCCUUCUUCUCAGACAGACUCAGGGCUCCUCGGAGCAGGUUUUUACCAGCUGCAAAUGGGGUCUUUUCCCGAACAUCCUGCUUGCUCGGAGAUCGCUGCCUCAAGAAGGCUUCCGGUUGACUCCUCUUCACCUUCCUCUCCCGUCCCAGACUUCGGGAUAAUCGGUAGCCUCUUAUGCACACCUUCGUCCAUCAGCUCCUCGCCCGUGCGGCGGAGGAAAACAUUCCAGAUCUGAGCAAACGUGACGACUCUCGUUCAACCUGGAAAUUGCGGUCGGGGUGUUGCUUUUCAGGCUGCGCAAGAAGAGUCUGAAUUACGGGGGAUAGUUGAGCCAAACGUGAACAUUUUGUCAACAUUAACUGAGCCUUAUGUCAUUCCAAAGAUGUUUGAAGUUCUUCUGAGGAGCACAAAAGAAGACGUUUUGUCCGUGCAAUGACAUCUAACAGGGUCCAAAACUCGCAAGCUCCCAAAAAAUGCAUGAACGUAGCAGCUUUGUGCAUUUCACAAACCUUUUCCCCAUUAACUUAUGCACUACUUUCUUCAACAUUUAACAUGUUUGGAACGACAUGAGCGUGAGUAAAUGAUGAUAGGAUCUCAGUUUUUGGUAAACAGUCCUUUUAAUCAAGAAGGUGUUCAUAAUAUUUAAUUUGUUAUUAUUAGUUUUUUAAACUAUUAAAGUAGUAAUCGGGUGUUUUAGGAAGCUGGGUGUCUCUGUAAGACUACUACGUGCAAUGAAAGCGCUUUUAACUACAUCAUUUUAAGCUUCUUUAGAUAUUUGGACUCAUUUUCAGUAACUGUUCAGUAAUUUACUGCUUGUGCAGUUAAUUCAUACGGCUCCUUUCAUUGCAUGUAGCUCUUAUAAACGUUCAAAACUUUUUCUUUCUUUCUUUUUCUUUUUUUUUUUUAAUCAUUUAUUUCUUUUUGUUAAAAGAGUAGUUUACCCAAAAGCGAAAAUAUGCUAAAAAUGUGCUCGGACUCAGGCCAUGAAGAUUAGUUUGUUUGUUCAUCAGAGCAGAUUUGGAGAAAUUUAGCAUCGCGUCGUUUGCUCACCAAUGAAUGCUCUAGAGUGAAUGGGUGCCGUCAGAAUGAAAGUCCAAACAGCUGAUUUAAAAAACAUCAUGGUAAUCAAAACAACUCCAAAAAAGCCUUUAAUUUUAAACCGUCUGGACAAAAUACCAGUAUAUAAACCAUAAUAAUCCUUCCUCCAGUAAAAACGUUCAACAUAUUUCAGUAUGGGUUUUUUUUUUGAGUGUUUUUAGUUGAUAUGUGCAUAUUUUUCUCCUGAUUCUGAUGAUUUUUACACUAUAGAAAGCAAUAUCUGCAUUAAAGAAUGGUUUGAGGUUAUAAACAUGUUAGCGAUGGCUUUGUUUCUUACAAACACGCAGCCUCUCGCUUCUGAAGACGUUUCUUGAUGGACUAAAGCGAGUUUGAGCAUUAUUAUGUUUCUAUCAGCUGUUUUGGACUCUCGUUCCGACGGCACCCAUUCACUGCAGAGCAUCCAGCGGCGAGCAAGUCGAGUAACGCUACAUUUCCAGAAGAUCUGAUCCAGUGAAGGACCAAAUUUGAGGGUGGAUGCACUUUCAGUUUUGGGUGAGCUGUUUCUUUAAAGCAUAAAACGUUUUAUUUGCAAAGACGAUAUCAUCGAGUGAGCUACUAAUGCAGUCGCUUCGUCCUUUUGUUUGUUUGCGAUAUUCUAGCUUCCCGUCGUAGGUUCUCUUUGUGCAAUAAAAAAAACAAACAAAAACAAAAAAAAACACAAGUUCCUCAGGGGCUCCGAUCGUUUCCCUCUCGGUCUGGUCCGUCAGUACUUCAGUACUAAGUGUUGAAGGGGGUUUUUCAAUGGUUUAUGACCGUACGCUCCACAGAUGCUUCGCCAACAAUUGCAAUCCGGAUGUAAGUGGCAGAUUCACUGCGUUUAAGUUUCUCAGGUUUUGCAGGGAGUUUGUAAAUUGCGUGAAGCCCACAGCACUACCCACAAUCCUCUGCAGCGUCAAAUCUCCUCACGUGUGACUGGACUCCUGUUAGUUAUGAAUCGAAAGCAUCAUGUAUCACCAUCAUCCAUAUGCCUGUACGCUUUAAUGCGUUUUCUAAUUGUUUAGUCGGCUUUACGUUUUUGUCUGUAGUUUACACAAGGUUCAGAAGAUACGAAAGGGAGACAAACACUGCCUUGGCUUUUUUUUUUUUUUUUUUUUUUUUUUU